GAAAACUUCAAACGUCAUUCAAGUGUCAAUUUGACUUUUGCGCGAAAAAUUUACGCAAGUCGCCGCAAAAUUGGUAAACUAUUUAUUUACUCUAAAAUGUUGUGCUAAAAUGGUUUUAAAAUGAGUGACUUGCAUACUAUGGGCAGUGAUAACAGCUUGUAUUUGGAUAUCAGAGAUGACCAGUGGCCACUGGUGUAUGACGACAAGUAUAAUGUUUCGUUUCUAGGGCUGGAAAGGUUCCAUCUUUUUGAUGCGAAGAAAUGGCGCAACAUUAUUGAAUAUCUAAAAAAUGCAGAAUUAAUUACUGAUGAAUGUCUUGUGAAACCGCAUGAAGCUAAAAAGAGUGAUCUGCUUGUAGUUCACACUAAAAAGUAUUUGAGAUCAUUAAAAUGGAGCACCAAAGUAGCUAUGAUAGCAGAGGUGCCUGUUGUUGCUUGCCUGCCAAAUAUGUUGGUUCAAUACGCAUAUCUUAGGCCAAUGAGACUGCAAACUGGAGGUUCCAUCUUAGCUGGCAAGCUUGCCCUCGAAAGGGGUUGGUCAAUAAACGUGGGUGGAGGUUUCCACCACUGCAGCGGAGACAAGGGUGGUGGAUUCUGUCCAUAUGCAGACAUCACUCUGUUGAUACAGUUCCUCAUCAUGAACCGGCUGAUACAGAACGCUAUGAUUGUGGAUUUGGAUGCUCAUCAGGGCAAUGGAUACGAACGCGAUUUCCUUGGCGUGCCAGAAGUGUACAUUAUGGAUAUGUACAACAGGAAUAUAUACCCCAAAGACAAGGAAGCCAAGCAGGCCAUACGGCGCAAGGUCGAGUUGAAUAACAAAGUCGAGGAUUUGGAGUAUAUGCUUAAACUUAGACAAAAUCUAAAGGCAGCAUUGAAUGAAUUCAAGCCUGACAUUUUAGUGUACAAUGCAGGGACUGACAUACUGGACUCAGAUCCACUUGGAUUUAUGAGGAUCAGUGAAGUUGGCAUCAUAAAGAGGGACGAGUUUGUAUUCGAGAUUUGCAAAGAGCACCACAUCCCAAUAGUUAUGUUGACUAGCGGCGGCUACCUUCGGAAGACGGCCCGCAUCAUCGCUGACUCCAUUAUCAACCUGCACAGCAAGGGACUGAUUUCGCCGAAGAAACAAAAGAAGGGACUGUUCUCGCCUAAGAAACUCAAGUCAAAAGAAUGAAUGGCAAUGCGAUUGGGAGUGACGUGUUGAAUUUUUUUGCCAUCAAUUAUUUCUUUUCACUGUUUCAAUUUGCUCUGAGGGCUCCUUUCAAUAACCUGGUGCCAAUUAAUAUAUUAUUAUCGUCUACCUAUUCAUAACAAUUAAAAUUUCUAAUCGCAUACGUAUUUAUUCCUGCUGCUGGUGUAAAAAAUAUUAAUAUUAUAAAUACUUAUUUCCUAAAUAUUGUUAAAAGGUAAUAAAUCAAAAUAAUGAUGAUAUUUAAUUUAGUCAGUUGACAUA